UUUUAUCACAGAUUAUCUGAAGUGUACUCACGAGCCAAGAAACACUCCAGUCCUCCUGUUUCCCUACAUGGACAGCUCUUAUGGCGAGAAUUCUUCUUCACUGCUGCAUAUGCAACUCCCAACUUCAAUAGAAUGGAGGGUAACCCUGUCUGCCUGCAAGUCCCAUGGGAUACCAAUCCAGAGUUUGUCAAAGCUUGGUCUGAGGCUCGCACUGGGUAUCCCUUCAUCGAUGCCAUCAUGACUCAACUGAGGAGGGAAGGAUGGAUACAUCAUUUGGCACGUCAUGCUGUAGCAUGUUUUUUGACCAGAGGAGACUUAUGGAUCAGCUGGGAGGAAGGACUGAAGGUGUUUGAGAAGUAUCUUCUUGAUCAUGACUGGAGUUUGAAUGCUGGGAACUGGAUGUGGUUAUCUGCAAGUGCCUUUUUUCAUGCUUACUUCAGGGUAUACAGUCCUGUAGCAUUUGGCAAGAAAACUGAUCCUAAUGGAGAUUAUAUCAAGAAGUAUAUACCAGUUUUAAAGAAAUAUCCUCCAAAAUACAUCUACGAGCCUUGGACUGCCCCACAAAGUGUACAAAAAGCAGCAGGGUGUGUUAUUGGUAAAGACUAUCCUCGUCCAAUUGUAGAUCACAAAGUGGUUGUGAAGACCAACAUUACACGGAUGAAAAAAGCUAGAGCAGACCAUUAUGGUGAAAGUAUAGAUGAAGACCUUGACAACAAAAGUAAAAGUUCACCAACUAAGAGGAAGAAUAACAAACAGUCUCCAACAAGCAGCAAGUUAAGGAAAAUAACUGAUUUCACAAAGAAGUGAUGGCUCUCAUUCGAUUGUCUAUAUUUUAAACAUGACAUUAGCUUAGUUUGAAUGAUGGCACCUUGUGCCGAGUUCUUUUUAUUUCUUAACUGCUCUGAACCCAUCAAAUGGACUAUUUUACUAUAAGUCUCUGCAUGCAUGUACUUCAGCGGUUAGAGCACCAGCCUGUAUUUGAGAGUUCACAGGUUCAAAUCCUGUCAUGAACUCAGAGUUUUUCUUUAGUUUUGUCUAAUAGGUCAACAUUUACUAUAACCAGUUUCUUAGGGGUUGCAUUUGUUUUCAAUAAAUCAUUAUCAGUAUCUAUUACUGUGUUACUAACCCCACAUUUAUUAAAGAGAAUGGAAAAAGUUAAGUGUUUUCUGUGAUUUAUUGCUUUUCCGUCUCUCUUGUGAAGCACCAUACACAAGAAGUGAUAUUUCCUCGUUUCAGUUAUACAUUAACCAGGAAGUUUUAAAA